AUGGACCCAGAACUGAAAAUCGAAAACCUUCCCCAAAUCACCCUCCGGCCGUUGGGCGUCGCCGACGUCGACGAUUUCAUGGUGUGGGCGACGGAUGCGGGAGUGGCCCGAUUCUGCACGUGGGAGCCGUACACCAACAGAGAAGAUGGUCUGAAUUACAUUCAGAACACGGUCGUUCCCCACCCGUGGUUCAAAGCAAUCUGCCUCAACGGCAGGCCGAUCGGCGCCAUUUCCGUGACGGAGAAUUCAGGGGGCGACGCCUGCCGCGGGGAGCUGGGCUACGUGCUGGCCUCGGAGUACUGGGGGAAAGGGAUCACGACCACGGCGGUGAAGAUGGCGGUGAAGGCGGUGUUUGAGGAGCGUGGGGAGAAGUUGGAGCGGGUGGAGGCGUUGGUGGAUGUGGAGAAUGUUGGGUCGCAGAGGGUUUUGGAGAAAGCUGGGUUUUGCAGGGAAGGUGUUUUGAGGAAAUACGUGGUUUUGAAAGGAAGGACUCGUGAUAUGGUGAUGUUUAGCCUUUUGUCUACCGAUGUUGGGAUCUUGUAG